UCCAUUAUCCAUGUUUCUUUUUGACUUUAAUAUUCUACGUUUCGAUCCAUCUCAGCUUCCCUUGUUGAAUCGACAAACACCACACACCAAACCAAACCAUAGGAAUAUUUAUAUAUAAAAAAGCUUCCAUCUUUUCUUAUAUUUGUUUUUCUUCUCCAUUUCUAUUCGUUUUGUUCAGAACUUUCUAUUUUUUCCUUGCUUCGUCGGUUUCAUAGCCUUAAAUAAAACUCUCCCCUCAAAAUCUCACCAGUUUUGAACCUAACACCCGCUCCUCUUUCUCUAUCACCUUCUUUUACAUCUUUGUAUUGUAAAUGCCCUGUUAAUAUUCUUUCUCUCACAACAUUUACUUCAUUUCUUGGUAACUCUCGGUUCUUAGUGCUGGCAGGAAGCUCUUUUUGUUGAAUCAGUUUCCUUGCUUUCAGAACACACAUUUGUUCCGCGAAUCAAGUACGUCCACGUUGCCAUUCUUCUUUCUGGUUUUAUUUGUCGUCUUGUGCGAAGAUUUCGAUGCAAGAGGAGAUAAGGAUGGACUUAUUUGGCUAAUCCAACUCAUAAAAAUGUAAUCCCAGUCAGUGAUUUUGGUUUGGAGGACAGAUUCUGUGGUUUAAUUGUUUGGCUGGAACUGGGUUUUAUAAGGCAUGUAUAAGAAGACUAUAUUGCAUUCAUACAACUCACUGUGAUAUCCUUUUCAUAUUCAAAACGUACUCUCCCUUCUCACUUCAGCAGCUUCAUAAAUUUGUGUCCAACCACGAAUUCUUACGAAACAAUUUCCCUUGAGUUGCAUAAGGAAUAAGAAAGAUCUAGGAAGAAGAAUCCGUUGCCUGCAUUUUUCCUAGUGAAUCUAGGUCUUUAGUUCUCUAAUAUUUGCAAUACUCCUUCAAGAUCUUUUUGGUAGGAAGGUGUUGAUUGUGCAUUAUCUCCUUUCUUCUAACUCCAUAGCCAGAAACAAGAAUACUACAAUCUGACAACAAUGGUGUCAAGUUCUUGCAUAAGUUUAUUGGACUUGGCAUCUGGGAAUAUGAUGAAUUUCAGUCAGGCUCCUAGAGCUCUUCCAAGGAUAAUGACUGUUCCAGGAAUAAUUUCUGACAUAGAUGGAGAUGGAACUAAUGAUGGCAAUUCUGAUGCUCCAUCAACUGUUAAAAAGAUUAUAGUGUCAAAUUUUCUCCCUCUGAAUGCUCAGAAGGAUUUAAAAUCUGGCAAAUGGUCAUUCAGUUUCGAUGAGGACUCCCUUCUGUUACAAAUGAAAGAUGGCUUCUCAGAAAAUACCGAGGUUGUUUAUGUGGGAUCUCUAAGGGUUGAUGUUGAUACUAGUGAGCAAGAAGAAGUUUCUCAACAAUUGCUGGAGGAAUUUAACUGUGUACCCACAUUUAUUCCUUCUGAAAUUUAUAAAAACUUUUACCAUGGUUUCUGUAAGCAUCAUCUGUGGCCCCUUUUCCAUUACAUGCUGCCUAUGUGUCCAGAUCAUGGUAAUCGCUUUGAUAGAUUGCUGUGGCAGUCGUAUGUCUCUACUAAUAAAAUAUUUGCAGAUAAAGUCAUGGGAGUGAUUAAUUCAGAAGAAGAUUAUGUUUGGGUCCAUGAUUAUCACCUAAUGGUUCUCCCUACUUUUUUGAGGAAACGUUUUAAUCGAAUUAAGCUUGGCUUCUUCCUGCAUAGCCCAUUCCCCUCGUCAGAAAUUUACCGGACUCUGCCUGUUAGAGAUGAAAUUCUGAAAGCACUGCUGAAUGCAGAUUUGAUUGGUUUUCAUACAUUCGAUUAUGCUCGCCAUUUUCUAUCCUGUUGCAGCCGGAUGUUGGGCCUAUACUACGAAUCCAAACGUGGUCAUAUUGGUCUGGAGUAUUUUGGCCGCACAGUGUACAUCAAAAUUUUGCCUGUGGGGAUUCAUAUGGGUCGAGUUGAAUCUGCUUUAAAUCACCCCUCUUCUUCCAUCAAGGUCAAAGAAAUCCAAAAACAGUUCAAGGGGAAAAGGCUUGUUGUUGGAGUUGAUGAUAUGGACAUAUUCAAGGGCAUUAGUCUGAAAUUAUUAGCUAUGGAGCAUCUUUUGCAGCAGAAUUCAGGGAUGCGGGGAAAGCUAGUCUUGGUUCAAAUUGUUAAUCCUGCUAGGAGCUCAGGGAAAGCUGUACAAGAAGCAAAAAUGGAGACACAUACAAUUACCAAAAGGAUAAAUGAUACUUUUGGUUUUCCAGGCUAUGAACCAGUGGUCCUGAUUGAUCGUCAUGUCCCCUUUUGUGAGAAAACUGCCUACUUUGCAUUGGCUGAAUGCUGCAUUGUAAAUGCAGUGAGAGAUGGAAUGAACCUGAUCCCAUACAAGUACAUUGCGUGCAGGCAGGGUACGCCGAAGAUGGACGAAGCUUUAGGAGUUGCCUCUGGGUCGCGUCAUACAAGUUCACUUGUUGUAUCAGAGUUUACUGGUUGCUCACCAUCAUUAAGUGGAGCGAUAAGAGUGAACCCAUGGGACAUUGAAGCUGUUGCCAACGCAUUGAAUGUGGCCAUCACCAUGCCUGAUUUAGAGAAGCAGUUGCGGCAUGAAAAGCACUAUCGCUUUGUUAGCUCCCAUGAUGUAGCUUACUGGGCCCGCAGUUUUAUGCAGGAUUUGACACGAGCAUGCGAAGAUCAUUAUAGUAAACGUUGCUGGGGCAUUGGCUUUGGUCUGAAUUUCAGAAUCUUGUCACUCUCUCCUAGCUUUAGGAAGCUUUCCAAUGAUUACAUCAUCUCUGCAUACAAGAGAACUUCUAAAAGGGCAAUAUUCUUGGACUAUGAUGGAACAGUGGUGGCUCAAACUUCCAUUCCUAAAACCCCCAGUCCUGAAGUCAUCUCUGUUCUAAACAAUCUUUGUUCUGAUCCCAGGAACAAUGUGUUUAUAGUUAGUGGCAGAGGAAAAAAGUCUCUGAGUGAUUGGUUUGCUCAAUGUGAAAAUCUGGGUAUAGCAGCUGAACAUGGAUACUUCUUGAGGUGGAGUGGGAUGUCUGAUUGGGAAACGAGAUCCUUCGCUGCUGAUUUUGAUUGGAAAAACAUUGCCGAACCUGUCAUGAAAUUGUAUACAGAGGCCACUGAUGGUUCCUAUAUAGAGACCAAGGAGAGUGCCUUGGUAUGGCACCACCAAGAUGCCGAUCCAGAUUUUGGAUCUUGCCAGGCAAAGGAACUGUUGGAUCAUCUGGAAAAUGUCCUUGCAAAUGAUCCGGUAGUUGUUAAGAGGGGCCAGAAUAUUGUUGAAGUAAAACCACAGGGAGUAACUAAAGGGUUUGUUGCAGAGAAGGUUCUUUCCUCGAUGAUUGCUAAUGGGAAACCCCCAGAUUUCGUGUUGUGCAUUGGGGAUGACAGAUCUGAUGAAGACAUGUUUGAAAGCAUGUCAAACACAGCUUAUGGUUCGUCACUCCCUUCAGCUCCAGCGAUUUUUGCAUGCACUGUUGGCCAAAAGCCAAGCAAAGCUAGAUACUAUCUAGAUGAUACUGUUGAUGUAUUAGCUUUGCUUCAAUGCUUGGCUGAUGCUUCAAAUUCAAAGUCAAGUAGCACAGAAACACAAGUUUCUUUCGAUAAUGUUGUCUGAAAGGAACUGUGAUUCUGCCCUUUCUAUAUGCAAUGAAUGACCCAGGUUGAACAAGCACGACAGUGUCAAUAUGAUUGGUGCAAGAAAUGCUUGUUCGGAUGAUUCUUUUUCGCUUUGAUGUAGUAGAUUUCUCCUGAAGCUGGUUUCUGAUGUUAACUCAUUCGUUGCAUGCUCUUGCGGUGUUUGACACCUGGCGCUUUGCGUCACGCAAGAUGGGACGAUGAAGAAUUUGUGGCCUCAAUCAAACAUUUAUCUUUCUUUUUUGUUGCUGCUCUAAAUUUCAGGGAAAUGAGGGCUGGUGGAUGUAUCUUCUGGUUUGGAGGGGGAAUAGAUAUUAUUACCGUGUAGUUCACAGGUUCAUAUGUUAAUCAUCAUAGGUAGUGUUUACCGAUGAAAGAACUCCUCAGUUUUUUGUAUACAUGCUUUUGCUUAUACAAGAAAGGAAUUGUUUAGGGCCCAAUUCUUUUCUUUCUUGUUUUGAGCAAUGAAAGUUGAUUGGAAUUCCAUUCUACCA